AUGGCCGACCCAGCGAGACCAAACUCAAACAUGACGCCAGCGAUGCUGGAAGAAAUCAACUUCUGGCGCAAUUAUAGGGGGGAGGGAGGAGAUCUUGACAUGGCAGCCGCGCAGGACUACUACCGACUCCACCCCUAUGCAUUUCCAGACACACCUCAACCAGAAGUUAUUCCGCCAAGGAUCACGUUUAAUGGUGCACCAGGAGUCCUCGCACCCGUCGAUAAGGUCCCUCCCGAACAAUACAUGAAGGACUUCCUCGCCCAAGAUCCCCUGGGCAUACCAGGAGGAGCCGGUAACUGGAAGGCAAUUGUAAGCUCAGGCGUCCUACCUUGGGAGAAACAUCACGGGCUUUCGGCUGAUGCAAGACCACAGCGACUUCUCGGUGAAGGCGCGAGUGCGCUCGUAGGUUUAUGGGAAUGGACGGGCCUUGCCGGGGGGAGGCAGCCAAAUUUAGACAAGGUCGCUGUGAAAGAGCUGAAAGCGGACGCUCCGGCGACGAACACCACCAUGAACAUCGAGGAUCGAUGGCUCACGCACUUCAGAGACACUACUAACUCUAUCCACCUGGUGCGAAUGCUCGCGGAUGCUCAGGCUUUUGACCUUGUAGGCGAUGAGGGCCUCGACGCGGCGUUCGAUGGCAGACUGCGCCGGUUGUUCCUGGAGUACUGCGAAAAUGGGGAUCUUUCGGAUUUGCUGGAAAAGCGCAUCGUAGAACAGAAACCCUUCUCGGAGCUCAGCUUAUGGCUCAUAUUCGAGUGCAUGGUUGACGCCAUUUGCGUUCUCGCGAAUGGCUCCGAAAUGUCUGAAAAUAGCCGAGGGGAUUGGGCGAGCGACAAGAUUGAAGGCUGGUCGCCUAUAGUGCAUUUUGAUCUCAAGCCUGAAAACAUCUUCGUGGGCGGAAGGAAUCGUCAGCAUAUGAGCGUGCCUGUCUACAAAUUUGGCGAUUUUGGCGUCGCGGCAAUCGUUGAGCACGAUGAAGUUGAAAAAGAUGAUAUCGAAAGGAGAAUUGGCUUGAGACGCCGCGGCACCCCUGGAUACAUUACACCUGAGCAAUUCACAGCGCAAUGGGACAGCUCGGACUGGUACGACGUGAGACCGGCCAUCGCAGGCCGCUUCGGGCCCUGGACUAUGCUCUGGUCCGUCGGCGCGAUGAUGUACCAACUCUUGACGCUCGAUGGUUCCCCGCCCGAUCACCUCGAGCCCUUCCUGCCCGACUUUGAGAUCGACGGCGAGGACCAGCCACCCACCACCUACGGCUUGAGAAUGAUGGCCUACGACGAGUACAGCGUGGCCCUGCGAGACCUGAUCUUUCAGUGUCUGUUCGAGAUUCCUGAUCAACGGCCAACGCUCGACAACAUCCGGCUACGCGUUGCCAACGGGAUCGAAGAUACUUUGAGCUUGAACCUGGCCGUGGAGCCUUAUGAGGAUUUCACCAAGGCCGAGCCGGGCGAUGCGCCAGCGCCUGUGGUCGCACCUGUAGCACCUGUCGCUCCUGGGCCUGUCGUCGCUCCUGGGCCUGUCGUCGCUCCUGGGCCUGUCGUCGCUCCUGUAGCACCUGUCGCUCCUGGGCCUGUGGUCGCACCUGUAGCACCUGUCGCUCCUGGGCCUGUCGUGCCAAGGCCUGCUCGCGACGGGCGUGCAGUGCGGCAACGUGAUGCGGCUCCCGCUCCCGCAGCCCGUGCCGCCGGCGACGAUCAUCAUGUGCCGGCAGACGCACGUGUACAACGCGACGCAGGUCGCGAGGGCGGUGCUGCUUGCGAGGAGUAG